AUGAAAACUGUUGACACUAUGGGUACUCGUUGUGUUCCCUGUGAUCGAUCUUUCAAUAGCGAAGAGGCGCUGCGACAACACCUGCGAGAUUCACUGGCACACGCCCCGUCCUUCAGUUGUGAUGACUGUGAUCGAUCUUUCAAUAGCGAAGAGGCGUUGCAACAACACCUGCGAGAUUCACUGGCACACGCCCCGUCCUUCAGUUGUGAUGACUGUGAUCGAUCUUUCAAUAGCGAAGAGGCGCUGCAACAGCACCUGCGAGACUCUCCGAUUCACCAACAGAAUACAGAGACGCCUUUGGAUGUCUUUUUCCACUCUUUCCCAACGUUUGAUUAUAACCCUUCUCUCCCACCAGCAACUUCGUAUGCCAAUUUGCGGAGACAUAAAGGCUUGUACCGUGGCAGUGACGCGUCAACUGAUGCUUGGAAUAGGUACCAAGAUGCGCUGCAAAGCGAAUUGCACAUGUGGUAUGGUGCAGAGAACGAUUUGACCGCGUGGCAUGCGCUUUGUCGCGCAAUAGGUGUUGAACCGCUUCCCACAACGUGUGACCAAUGCGAGGAGGUAGGAGACCAUCCAAUGAGGUUUGGUAGGCUUAUGCUGACCCAGAUCAUAGGCUGUACGAAGGACACACGUCAAUAUCGUUGAUUUAAUUGAUUAUGGACGAAGCGGCAGUGAGGAAAAAGUUGAGACCUUCUGCGAUGUAGCAGGGCUGCGAGCCUACACCAAAGAGACCGGCAAGAUAUUUCGCAACACGUUUGACCAAGAAGGCGGUAAUGUUGUCUUGAGACACCUGCUUCGAAAGAUUUUUUGA